ACCGUGCAGGCCUUCGAGGGCUGCCACCACCAUUCCCAUCCCUGAUGUCAUGAGAUCUUCAAUCCGUCCUGACAUCGUCAAUUUCGUCCAUUCCAACACCUCCAAAAACAGCCGCCGCGCCGAGUCUUGGGGAAUUGGUCGUAUUGGGAGUAUGGUUUGAUGUGUUCUUUCUUGACUCCCAUGAUUUGAUUGACAUGGACACUAUAGAAGUCAGUAACCUGAACAGACAAUUUUUAUUUCAACAAUCCCAUGUUGGGCAGUCCAAGGCUAAAGUUGCUAGGGAUGCUAUGUUAAAAUUUAGGCCCCACAUUGGUCAGACACUCUCAUUGGUUGAUCUCCACAAUCCUGAAAUAUGCUAUGAUAGGAUCGAAGAUGAAGGAAUUUCACAAUCUUCAUAUGCCUGGAAGGGAAUGAGGAAGGGGCUUAAUCAUGUCAAAACCUUGUGUGUUUUGAUAUAUGUAUCAAACAAAGGGAGUUUGCAUGAAGAUGAGGACUUUGAUCAGCAUCAAAGGAAACUUGCUGCAAUUCUCUUAUCAAAGGUACAAGGUCUUUUGCUGACUUACAUAAAAGUCUUCAGGUCUUUUGGGUGAACUCAAUGAUUCAUUAUCUUAUGUUGGUGGAGUUGGUCCUCUAUUUUAUGUUUCUGAGGAUUCUCACUAUGUGCAGUCUUCUUGAUGAGAAUUUUUAUUAUCUCAUUAUGAGUUUUGAUAUAGCUUUGGUAAUAUUUGUUCAGUUAAUAAGGUUAACGAUUGGUCAUAAAUUAAGAUUGGCGCUGGUUUAGUGGUAAUAAAGGA